GAUUUGGCAACACCGCGCGAUUGCAAUCUCGCCCAAGCGCGGGAUCACCUGGGCAAGGAAGGAGCACAGCAGGAAGCAGGCACUAGGCAGAGAUGGACAGGUUGCGGGAGAGUGGGGGCUCGGAGCCGAGAACACCAUCGAAUCCUUUGUCGACGACUGCUCUCGACGGAAUCCCACGAUCCAAGAGUGUGAAACGGCCCCGACCAGUCAAGUCGUGCCUCGAGUGCCGAAAGCGCAAGCUCAAGUGUGAUCGUCAAAAGGAGUGUUCCCAGUGUCAAAAGGCACGGAGGUUCUGCAAAUACCCUGAUAACAAUGCCGGAGGCGGUUCGGACGCCUCUGACGGCGAGACGGAAAGGGCUACCAAGCGCCCCCAGUACGCCGCGGGCCCGUCCACUUCCGAUGCAUCUCGUCUUUCGGCUUACUCUGGUGGUGCCGAAUUGGCAAUCCCGAGAAGUCCCGUCGGCAUGGACGAGGUUGCUGCCCGCCUGGAGCGGCUCGAGAAGCUGAUCACGGGCAGUCGCGUUGCAGCAUCGCCGAUAGCCAUUCGGGGCUUGUCGCUGAAGGGCGAAAUGGGAGCCCGCAUGCUGGGGCAGAGCAAGGCUAGGACAAUGUUGCAUCUCUUCGGCGAGGCCAGCGAUAUUAUGAGGAACAUGGCGGACGUGGACCGCUGCCGUGAGGUGUUUUUGGGUCUGCAGGACGCAUACCGGGCUCUGCAGGGGCAGCAUCGGAAAUUGACCGAGGCCAUUCCGGUUUUCGCCCAGUCGACGAUGCCAGUCGAGAAGCGCAUGGCCGACAUCCUGCCGCCGAGGGCUGUUUGCGACAGACUUGGAGAGUCGUACGUCGAGGUCACUGAAGGACUGUGCCGUUUUAUCCACAUGCCCUCGUUCUGGCGAGAGUACGAAAACUUCUGGGGCGGAAGGGAAUGUCGCGACGGCUUUCUUCCACAGCUGCUCUGCGUCCUUUGUAUCGGCGCAAGAUUUGCGACAGACACCAGAGGCCUUAGCCGUAAUCGCUUCACAAGCGUCCAUAUCCCAACUGCUUGUGCACUCGUUCGUCAGUGGCUGGACGGUCUCCAAGGCGACCAGCUUGUCGAUAUCACGACGCUCGAAACAGAGCUCUUGCUCUUCCACGCGCAAUAUACGAUUGCCCCGAGUCAGCAAACUUCCUGGAUGCAACUGGGGUACGUCGUCAGGAUGGCAAUGGCGCUGGGUCUGCAUAGAGAUCCAUCCGAGGACCCCACAAUCACCCCAUUUCACUCCGAGUAUCGACGCAGGCUGUGGUAUACCGUGUUGGAGACGGACCUCUAUGCCGCCCAAGCGUGCGACCUUCCGUGUGCGACCAAGGAGGGUGAAUAUUCCUGCAAGGCCCCGGCAAACCUGGGCGAUGAAGAUCUCGCAUAUGACGCCAAGAGACUGCCAGAAACAAAGCCCUUAGAUCACUAUACGUCUCGUCAGCUUCCGGUCUAUGCAGCAAGGACGCUCCCGAGUCGAAUAAACGCCGCGAGCGUUGUCAGCCGCCUGGAUUCCGUCCAAGACUAUGCUGAGAUCUUGGAUGCCGGCGCAGCCCUGGAAAGAGCAAUCGACGACAUCAACUGCCUUUUCCCUCAGUUUACCUCGCUAGACAUACAAGAAAAGCAUAGGCAAUGGAUCACCAAGACCUUUCUCAGCCUGCAAGCCCGCCAGUCCUUAAUAGCUCUGUAUCGUCCCUUCGUUUUUAAUGCUCCUAAUUGCCCGCCGCAGAUUUCGUCAAGUUUUUUGAAGUCGUCCAUGAUGGUUCUUGUUUACGCCGAGGAACUCGAUACGCCGCGCCCUGGCCACGAAGAGGCCAUGGUGAUGUUUCGGUUCAUCUUUAGACAAGACAUUAUCGAGGCGGCAUUUGGCGUGUGCUACUUUUUGAAGAACUCUCGAGAUUCCACGACGCGGGCGGUGUCACGAGACAGCUGGCCUCCAGCCCAGGCCGAGGGUGCGGCGCCAGCGGAGGGGCUUGAUGCGCAAUAUCCCUGGUCGGCCGCAAAGAUGAUCGACGCGGUGGAACGCACAGUUGUACGGCUAUUAGGCACAGUCGGCGCCCCUAGUUCCGACCUCUGGGACAUUAUCGCCCUGGCCAUAGUUGUCAACUCUGUUCGCGCUGGAACUGCAGAGCAGAAACUCGAGCGGACGACGGAUUCGAUUAUGCGGAUCGUAGAUAUCUGUCGUCGGGGCGUCAAGCCGGAAGGCGCCCUGUUCUCUCCAGUGCGUCUCUACACCCAAGGUUUAUCUCUGCGUACCUCGUCUCCGCUGACCACAUUCGCGACGCAGCCGGCCGGAGUUGCUCCCCCGUCUACCGGUAAACAUUCCAACACGCCGGAUGUUUAUUCGAACCCCACGUCGAGAUCGUCUUUGUCGGAGGCUUCGGUGGACGAGGACCAAGACGAGUUGCCGUUCUGGGAAGCUUUUCUCGCGGGCUCGAAUUACACGAGCGACGAGAUGAGUCGCCGUCCAUCUUAGGUUUUUUUCUUUUACAAGGUAUCUCUAAAUGGAGAGCCGUGUCAUGCUAGACGUGUCAUGUGUUGGAUGCCACACCUUUUGGGACCUGUUUGGUAAACUUUGGGCAUUGCGUGGAGUUGUUUGUCUGGGAGCAUUUUAUGGAGUCCGGCUUGGGGAUCAAUGGUUUGAGGGAAAAAAGCAUGCGGAUACAUUCGAAUCAAAGGUUUU